AUGCGCCUGCCCAAGGGCUCGGUCGCGAGGGCAUAUCCGCGGGCCCUCCUUGGCCAGCCGCGGUCCGUCACAGACUGGGAAAGGAGCCAGGUUGCUUGGGUUCCCUCGCACCGAUUCAGCCUCGGCAUGGAGAUCGGCUCGGGCAAGUUCUGCAACGUCUACAAAGCCAUCGACCUCGAAGACCCCGACCGCGAAGUCGCCAUCAAGGUCUUCAAGGCCGGCAAGGACGUCAAGGUCAAGCGCGAGAUCUUCAUCCUCCGCCACCUGAAGGGCGGCCCCAACAUCAUCGACUAUAUCGGUGCCUUCCAGAUGCCACCCGGCAACGAAUCCUGCCUCGUCUUUGAGACCCUCAACGAAACCAACUGGACCGAAUUUGCCCGCUCCCUGAAAGAUGGAGAGAUCCAGCACUACAUGUACCAGCUGCUCCUGUCGCUGGACUAUGUGCACUCGCGCGGCGUUAUGCACCGGGACAUCAAGCCGCAGAAUUUGCUGCUCGAGCGGCAGUCGCGCACCCUCCGCCUGAUCGACUUUGGUGUCUCUGACUUUUACCUGCCCGGUCAAAAGUACUCGGUUCACGUUGGCUCGCGAUACCUCAAGGGCCCGGAGCUGCUGCUGGGCUUCAGACGCUACGACUACUCGCUGGACAUGUGGGCCUAUGGCUUGACCUUGGCCGCGCUCGUCUUUGGCAAGCACUUUAUGUUUGUCGGCAGCGACGAUCCGGACCAGCUCCGAGUCCUGCACGAAUUCCUGGGCACUGCCGACCUCAAGGCUUACGUCAAGCGCUACGAGAUGGAAUCACACCUCAACCCAGAGGCCUACGACAUGAUCGUCAACUGCCCCGUCACCUACCCGAAGCGGCCAUGGUCUUCCUUCAUCAACGAGACCAACGAACAGUGGGCCACCGACCUGGCUUUGGAUCUGAUCGAUCGCCUUGUCCGCUAUGACCACGCAGAACGCCUGACGGCGCAGGAGGCGAUGGUCCAUCCGUUCUUCAAUGGAUACCGAUAA